AGUAGAGAACUGUCUGCCUUCAGCAUAGCAUAGAUUCAACUAUGAUUCAUGAUAAAAAACAGUAUUUAAUUUAGUUUGGCCAGUUUCUAGGUCUAAGUCUAAGUCAACUAGGCCUAAGCCUAAUAGCAUUAGUAUCAAAGUUUAAUUUGAAUUCAGCUGGUAACUCUUUAGGACGGUAAGUGAAGUGUAGCAAAGUUAUUAAUUAAAUAUUAAAUGAAUUUAAUAGUAUUUAAUUUACAAAAGGGAUAAAGUAUAAUCAUCUUGGAAAAGGCUAAAAAUUAAAACUUUCUACAAAUUCAAUAUCAAAUUGAUAUUUCAGACUAAGCCUUUAUUACUUAAACUAGGGGUCAUCAAUAAAUGAUGUCUUAAUGAAUUUUGGAAAAUUUUGGCUUUGGAACUCAUGCUUCCUAGGCCUAUCAUCUACACACCCUCAUAAAAUAUAUAUUAAUAUUAUCACAAAUUUGUGACCCCUGCCAACCCCACCCUCCUAGGUGCAUGACAUCAUCUGUGGGUGGCCCUUUAACUUUAUUACUAAUCAAUAGUAAUUGAACAAACUGGAAUAUUCAGCUGAAAUUUAGGGAUAGGCCUACUUCCACUAACAAGUAGGCCCUAAACUAACAAAUAUAAUGAAAGUAGAAUAGCUACAAACAUUAUAAGUAGGCCUUAGUAUUAUAUUAAUUAUGCCUAAAUAUAGAUAUUACAGCAUAAUGUAGAGGUGUAGAAGCUUUUGUUAAAUAGUUGUAUUCUGUCUUAUAAAAACUAAUUUUACAUGUAUCUUUUUACUAUUAUUUAUUUGCUAUAGGCAACUUGCUAAAAUUCAGUAUAACUGUCAAAUAGACCAUGUUAACAUUUUUAAAAUAAUGGUUAAUUUUUAUCUUAAUUUUGUCUAUCUCUUUAACUUGUAACUGUCACAAAUAUAUGCACUUUAGCUGUGGUUAAUAAUGUUAUGGUCAUUGUGGUAUUGUAACAGGAUUGACUUGAGACAUGAUCUAUCUUCUAACAUGGUGACUUAUUCAUGCAUGAUUCACUUCACAAAUCCUUCAUUCAUAAAUCUAAUUCCUAAGCCUUUUCAAAAGAGAGUUGACUUUUGUUCAGGCUCAGGCCUCUUGAAUGCAUUACUUGUCAAAAGAUUUGAAUCAAAGCAUAAGUUAUUAAUCUGAUGGCUGUACAACUUUUUCAUUCAUUACAGUACAAGAAAACAUGAUAAUUUUUUAUGUCAGUGUUGCAAUGACAAGUCUAGUUUAUUAAUUCAAGUAUAUUAGCAUUGACUGAAGAGCUUCUUUGUAAAUUUAGUUUAUGACUUUUUGAGUAGAGAUUUUUAGUUUUUUUUCAUAACAGAAAGUUUUAUUAUUGUUAGAUUUUUAUUUAUAAUGCUAAAUGGUGAAAGCAAAUAAACUUAGAUGAAUGCAUUGUUUUUUAAAUAUUUUUCAUGACACACAAAAAAGAAUACAAGUUUAAUUUAGUAAAUUCAUCUUAACGGGCAUUCUUAAAGGGACGUCCAUAUAUGAAUCACAUUUCUAUUGUGGGUGUAUGAAUUUGUGACAAUGGAUUUUGAUGGCAUCUAACUUUGUGAUAAAUUAACAAUGAUGGGGGAGUGGGGGUAAAAAAUCUGCCAACCUAACUUGACACCAUUUUAUGUAAUAUAGUAAAUAUUAACUUUAUAUAUGAUAAAAUGUGAUUUCAGAACAAUAAAAAAAGAAAUACCUUAUCUUACCGAGAUUGUCAGAAUGAACAACUUGCUAACUUCAUCUUUUGUUGAACAUCACAUCACACAGUUUCCUGGAACCUUGAUACCGGAAGAAUGGGGUUUAGUGACCUACAGCGUUUACUACCAACUUGACUUAAAAAUGUGUCAGUUAAAAUCUCUGGACUAUUCUUUCAAUUGGGGGGAUGAAAAGUAAGAACAAUAGAGACUAAUUGAAAUUCAAGGUAUCUCCUCUUGAUAGCAAAUAAGAAAUAUGUAAUUAAUUAUUUUAUUUUAUUUAAAUUUAUUGUUUGUUUUAUGUUGGCCUAAAAACAUUAGACUAAUUAACAGGUCUUGCUCUGCAAGUGGAAAGUAGCCAUUACUGGAAAAAAUUCUCCAGUUCUAUAUAUAAAAUAGUUUUAAAACUACUCAAUAUUUUUUAGGUGGGAAAAUAAAGAUUUAUUUUUAUUUAUUAAGGUCAUAUUAAGGCACAUUCUAGCUUCAAAACAAUUUUUCCUAUUUACUUAUAGUAUUCAUGAAUGUUUAAAAUGAAAUCAGUAGAAUAUUCACUGAAAUUCAUGUAGUUUUUUUUAUUAAAAGUAAGAUUAAUGAACUAUUAUAAAACUUAUCAUUUUACUUAUAUAUAUUUUGAAAAAUACAGAAUGCCUGUACCACGAGUUGCAUCAGUUCUUGAAAUGCCAUCAAAGAUUAUAAAGUUUGAUGUUUCCCUAAAUGAACUGACAUCUCUUUCACAUGAUGCCUUGGUGCCAUUUAGAAACUUAAGAAGUCUUGAUGCCUCAUUGAACCAACUUAGACAGUAAGUUUAGUUCACAUGAAGUAUUACUUCUUGGCCUGUUUUUUUUAAAAUUUGUUUUAGGUUCGACAUGAAACUUUUAUAAGCUGAUUGUAAUUUGUUAAUAGUAUCGUACGUAACCUUGCAGCUCUUUUAAUAGACCAAGAUGGUGGACAAAUUAAAAAAAUAAAUUUUGGAUACAGCACUGACUUCUCAUUAAAAAAGACUAUUCAUAUAAAUUAUCAUUAUUUUUAAAGAUAAAAAAAUGUUAUAAUUAUCUGAAAGUUUUCUGAGGCACCGUGGUGUUAUGGAAAAUUUAACUGGCUUUUGACCAAGAAGUAAGCAGGUUUUAAUUUCAUACAAAGGUUCCCCGAUUUAUGGGUACAUUAUCCAGGUAUAAUGACUCAUUAGCCAACUAAUUCUAAGGUAUCUAUUCUUGGACAGGAGAUAAACCCAGAUUAUAAAACUGAAAGCCUGAAGACACCAGCCAUCUUGGCUUAAUUUGAAAUUAUGCUAUUCCUGCAAAAAUAGCUGCUAAGUCACAGAUAUCUGAAUAAAUCUUGAACCUAAUUGUUUUUGAUUAAAUUAAAAUAAAUUUAUAAUAUAAAAUAGUCAUAUUAAACUACACAUAAAAAUUGAUAGAAUUGUUACAAUUUUAAGAUAAACUUUACAAAUCUUAAUAUUAUUAUCAAUAUUUCAGCUUCCAGGGUAUUGAAGUCCUUGAACAUCUGUAUACUCUUAACCUCUCACACAACAUGAUUAAACGGGUGGAUGCAUUACUAAAUUCUCAUUCAUUGAGAGAACUUAAUGUCAGUAACAAUCACAUAGAGGACAUCUCAGGGAUUCCUAGUCUGAUCAACUUACUUGUGUUAAACCUCAACUACAAUAAGGUCAGUUACUAAAUACGAGAGUCAUGGGGCAGUGUUGAAAGAAAACAUAUUCUCCCAGACAGACCUUUUGUUUUUCGCAAACACGAGAGAUAUAAAUAUAGGAUAUAUUUUGGCCCAUAAGAUAAAUUUUAAGCCCUUCAUGAAAUUUGCAGUUUGUGGUAGUUGAAAUUAUUUCAUUUAUUGCUGAAACAAGACUGUUCUUCUAAAAUAUGACUGUUGAGUUUUUCUCAUACAGUUCAACUGGAUUGUCCUUUAAGUUAUAGUAGAGGAAUUGUCUUAUAUCUCUAUUUGAUAAUUAUUUGCCUUUUGUUUCAGAGUUCCGUUAUAAAAAAAACAUUGUUUUUUACUAGUCUUAAUUAAAAAUUUGUUCAAAAAAAGUUUGUCGUGUUUUUAUUCACACAGCUUAAAAGUUUGGAAGGUGUGACCUCAUUUCCAAAACUUGAGGAACUACUUGCUGAUAACAAUGAGCUGGUACGUUUACUGAGCAUUGUGACUGUUCUUUAUGAAGUUAGGGAGCUUGCACAAUGGUUUUGACUAAAUCAAAAGUUAGGUUAUAAUACAACCACAGCUAAUUAAGGAAUGAUCAUGCAAAGUUGAAGCAAAAAUUGUGAAUUGCUUAAUAUAACUUUGACUGAUGCCUAGCUAUUUAAAAAAAAAAACUAGUUUUAUUUUUAAUGCCUUAUAACCUAAAAUAUGUUCAAUGAAUCACUUUUGCAUGUAUUUUCAAAAUGAGUUACAUGAAAAAAUAAAAAUGUCGAACAAACCAUCAUUUCAAUUCAUUAAAAAUUAAUUAAAAAAAUGUGUGAUCAAUUUUAAUUUUGUAUGUGUGUAAAUUCACGGAAUUGAAUGCUUUCAUAUUUUUAAAUAAACUGGACUUUUAAUUUCUAUUUAAGACAAGAUAAUAUUAUAAUUAUAUAUUUAAUUUCAGAAAGAUUUGAUUCCCCUCAUUAGUUGUCGUAGAAUACGGGUCAUAAGUGCAGCCAACAACCAGAUCCAGUCAGUGGACAGCCUUUUAAGACUUAUUUCUCAACAUAAGAGUCUUCAGUCACUCAAUCUCACUGUAAAGUAACACUUUUUGCCUCAAAUAAUUAGUAAAUUGAUUUGUUUAAGAUGACGUGUUAACAUUCUAUCUCCAUUUUAUAUCAAUCUAUUAAAAAAUGCGGUUCUAAAACUUAAAUAUCUCUAAAAGUUUAGAAGCUUUUUUUCUAACUGUAUUCUAUUACAAAUUAAAAAGUAUUUUAUUUCCAUCUAUUAUAUUUAAUAGAAAUAAUCAAACAUUUAUUGUUACUUCUAAUACAAAGCCAACUAGUUUUGGCAUGUAGAGUAUCACAAUCAAAACAAAUGACUGAGGUAAGUGUAAGUUGUCCAUGGGGACCAUAGCAAGCAGAUCAAACCAAGCCUACUGGGUGACUUUUUGAGCUUGACAAGAAAACAAUAUAAUACAUAAGAUAGAAAAAGAUACAAAAAGAAGGAAACAGUGGUUUGGGGUAAAAUUCAUUUUCUUGCCUCUGGACAACAAAUCUGAUAACUGGGCCACUACUAGAAAUGAAGUGUAAUUUUAUGUGAACAUUUUGAGAUAUGGAAAACUUAUUUUACUCAUGAGCUGAAUGCCCUUUACUGUAAAAUUUCAAAACAGAUGUAAAAGAGAAUUAUGUCAUUGUAUGCUAAUUAUUUUUUUCUUACAGGGUAAUCCUGUGGAGAGAGAACAUACCUACCAGUCAGAUAUACUAAGAGAAGCCAAAAAUAUUGUGACCUUGGAUAAUAUUUCUGUUAAACCCAUGCCAACUGUUUUGGUAAAUCUUCGGCAUUUGUCUCAGAUUAUUUUAGAAUCAUCUCUUGCUUUCAUUUUAAUUAUUUUAUAGCAAAUUAAUAAAUGCACUGAAAAAUGCCACAGAUGAACACAUUUUCAUAAUUUUUGCAAAUAGACCUGAUAUUAGCUCACAUAGAGAGUGCUUUGAAAUAAUAAAAGACACGGGACAUCAUGAAAAUGAAAGAGCUUCAAAAAGGCUAUUACCUCUUAACAAUUUAUACAUAAAUUCUAUUUUCAUAACAUAUUUUCAUAUUUUUGGGUUAAAAAUCAUUAUAACUAAUAAUAAUAACCUUAAAUGAAGCAAACAACUUUUAACCCUUUCAUGACAUCAGCAGUUCAGCCAAAACCACUAUUUAGUAGUGGAAGUGCUGUAGUUAUUUCAAUAAUUGCAGAAAGUAAAUAAGGAAUGGUCGUAACACUAAUCCCAUUCUUUUAAGCCACAUUUAGAGGGAGGUAUAAUUUAUUUACUUUGCUACCAAUGACCCAUGUAACCUUUUAUGAGUCAGGAUGAUCACAAAAGGCAUGCAAACAAUUUGUACACAUUGCAAGAUGCAGCCAGACAGGCAUUUGAAGACAGGAUCAGAGUGGCCAGGCAAAGAAUGGAGGAAAAUGUCAAUUUUUUACAAAGAAGAAUAUUGUAAGUCAAAUUUAAUCUUCUGUUUCAGAAUCGAAAGGAAUUGAUUAUAUUAUAACUAUAACAAUAGGUCUGUUUAAAUUGAUAAUACUAUAACUUUAACAAUAGGUCUGUUAAAUUGAUUAUACUACAACUAACAAUUGGUAUAUUUGAAUUACCAUAUUUAUCGGCGUAUAACACGCAAUUUUUCUCCCUGAAAAUAGGGGUCAAAUUAUGUGUGCCUGUUAUACGCCUAUAUAAUGUUAAGGACUUAUAGUACACACGGCAUAGCGGCGCGAAUGGUGCAUGUUAUAUGCCUGUGCGUGUUAUACGCCAAUAAAUCCGGUAAUUAUAUUAACAAUAAUAAUAAUAAUAAUAAGUCUUAUAUAGCGCGGUACCCCAGCCUAGGGCUGGGCUCACCGUGCUGUACAUAAAAAUUUUAUCAAAAGAGACAUAAUCAUGACAUUAAAAUAAAAUACAUUUAUGAAAUAAAGAACAUUAUAUUAAAUACAAAUAUUAUAACUAUAACAAUGGGUAUAUUUGAAUUGAUUAUAUUAUAACUAUAACAAUGGGUCUAUUUGAAUUGAUCUAGUAUAACUAUAACAAUGGUCUAUUUGAAUUGACUAUAUUAUGACCAUAACAAUGGGUCUGUUAAAUUGAUUAUACUAAAACUAUAAAAAUGGGUCUAUUUGACAUUUUCUUAGAAUUUAAUUUCCCAAAUUGAAUUUAUAGUUUAUUAUAUUAUUAACACCUAUUUUAUUUAUGCAAUUAUAAGACACUUAUUUAAAAUUCUUUUGAAAUUUUAUCAUAGCCUUGAAAUUUUAUCAUAGCCUUCAAAUAUAGUCCAUCCUUAUUAAAUUUGUUUAUUUUCAUCAUAAAGAUUAAAUUUUAAUGAUCUUUAACUUUUAUGUAAACAUUUGGGCCCCCAUUUAGAGGAGACUAAGCUUUUUUCAAUCAUGUAACUAAAAUAAAUACAAGUUAUUUGCUGGCUGAAAUAUUUUAAGAACACACAUAUUCUGCAGCCAAUUAUAUUUUUUAAAGUUGAUGAGAUGUAUUUGCAUGAUGUAUAAAAAAGUAACUCAGCACUAUGUCAUUAGUAGCCAUCCAAAUAUAAAGUCAUCCUUUUUAUGCCAAUUUUUUGACACCUCAUAUCUUUAAAAUAAAAAAAAAACAAACAACAGUCACAUUUAUCACACAUCAUCACAAAUUCCUGACUCUACCCCUUCUGUUAAAAUACUCUAUUAUACUAGUUGAGCAUCUUUGAGUAUUUUCUGGCAACGCUUGUCGACGGUACUCUGGAACACUGUCUAUCAACCAAUACCCAGGAAUACUGAAUAUUGGAACACAAACACUUAAUGAAUGACCAAGUUUCUUCUUUAUUACGUGUAUCUUUCACCCAGAUUCACUUGGUUACAGCAUCUCCUCAUGACUACACAGUCUAUCAAAAACACAUUGCCCAUCACUCACGGUCGGAUGACUAUCUCCUAAAUCAACUUUUUCUCUUCCACCCUCUCUAUCUCACACCUUAUAUCCACACACCUGUUUAUUCUUCUAUUCCUUACAUCCAGUGAUCUUUCAGACACAGUAAUAACACUCAUGACACAACUCAAGGACCCUUCAUACUAAAAAACAGUGAUUCUCAUACUCCUGACACCCUCUUUUUCCCCUGAGAGGUGUUACAUCAUCUUUGAAUGGCCCCUUAAACUUUUGACUACACUACCUUCAAUUUCAUGUUUCAGAUCAAUACAGCAGGAAUACAGUGAUUUUGAAAAGAAAAUGAAAUCUGAUUUGGAAGCUUGCUUGAGGUUAGCUGUAAUUUUAGAUCAAUAAAUAAUUUUACAUCUUUAAUUUAAAUAUUUCUCAAUCUCAACUUGUUUCAUCCUUAAAUUCUCUUGAAAUUUAUCAGCAUGUGGAAGAAAGUUUUCAUAAAAUUUUAUUUAAUUUAAGUGGGCACCAAAAGCAUGCAGAAUUGUUUUUUUUCAUUGAUUUACCACACAGAAGUGAUUUUAAUUCAUUAAUACUUGUGGUUUCCUAGAGAUGGGGUAAAAUGCUUCAAAUAUCUUUUGGAGAGCUAAUAAAAAUUUUCCGCAUUUGAUUUUAAAGCUAUAAAUUCAUAGAUUUGGUAGCCUUUUUUGUAGUUAUUAAUAGAUCAUUUUGUCAGAUAACGAGAAACGAGAGUUCCUUGUUCAGUUGAUUUAUUUUUGGAAUAAUUAAUAUCAGGUUCUUGUCUACUCUUGGAGAUGUUGAGCUGUCAACUGUUGGCAGAGAUCCCAUUGGUGCAUCUUUUAACAGUUUAACUUUUCAGUACCCAUAUGUUUUUCAGGUAUGCAUAAAUAUAAUUUUCUCUAUAAGAUCCAUAAUUUAUUUACAUAUCACAAAAGUGAUUAAUAUAGUUGUCUCUUUUUAAAUACUUUAUAUUAAGUUUGCUUUUGUUAGUAUGUUUCUGCCUGGCAAAAUCUUCAGAUGGUUAAUUUACCCAUUUCCCAUCAACCUAUCAAGCUGAAUCUUGGCCCAUAGACUUGUUGCUGAUGACAACACUUUCUGUCAAAUUUUCAGCCCCACCCCUCCAACCCCAACCCCCCAAAAGUUUUUCCUGUUUUUCAAGGGGAAGAUGAAGGAAUAAUCAUGUCAUUGAUUUCACAAAAUAAAAUUUCUAAUAACUGCACUAAAUGAGAGUCUUUGAAAAGAAAAUUGCAAGUUCGUUUGGUGUGUAAAAAUUUAUUUUGCUUUUUUGAAAUAGUUGUUUUAAUAAAUCUGCUGUUUUUAAAGUGGGUGUGUCAUUAGAAUAUUAACAUAGUUAAGGGGCAUUAAAAAAAACGUGUAGUUGUUAGACGUGUUUUUGUGAAAAGGGAAGGGGGGGGGGGGGGGGGGGAUACCCUUAUUGGGAUUCUUAUAAAGUGGGUCACUUGUAUGCAUGAUUUUCUUCAGGCCCCCCCCCCCCCUCCACCCAUUGCUUGAUAUUACAUUUUAUAAAGGAUUUAUGUGAAAAUCUUUGUUAUCCUACACACAUUACGCUUAUGGAUUCGGUUAGUUGUAGCAAUUAUAUUUACUGACUAUGAUUCUAAAAAUAUAAAAAAAACUGCUUGAAUUUACCUUUACGUUGAUAUAUAAUAAUUGCAUAUUAUGUUAUUUAAAAAUUGUUUUUUGAAGUCUCAAACAUGGGAUAUGUAUGAAUUUUAUUUUAUUUUCAAAAUUAGGUCGAUUUUUAGAGUGGGAAGAGGUGUUAAUAAAUAUCAGUUGUUUCGCAACAAAUCUUUUUAUUUUUACACUUAUGUGUAAUCGAAUCUAAGAAAGUUCAUCUUCGUAAAAAUGAAAAAAUAAAAAAAUUGUAUAAUUUUUGAAAAAUUAAGAUACUUAAGGGUUGUUUAAUUGAAAGUCAUCAGCAUUUAACUUGUUGCAGUUAUGGCUUUAGCUGAUAACAAUUAUAAACACCCUUGAACUCAAUUUAAUAUUUAUAAGACACAUGCUCACUGUUAUGGAUUGUUACCAGAGGCUCAACCAGGCCUUGAAUUUAUUUCUAUCACUGGGUUGUAGGGAUUUGCUAAAAUUCACAAAUGUAACAAUAAGAUGAUGAACGCUGCUCCUUUUUUUGUUUGCCAGGAUCAGCACAGGCAUAGAAGAAGGGACCCAAAGUCAGAUUAUAGUGACAUCAAAGAGACAGAUGAGGUAAAUAAUUGUUUUAACUAUUUAAAAAAAAUAUUACUGAUAUUUUACAUUUUAAUGUCUAUUUAAAAUUUUCUCAUUUUUAGGGUGAUCAAUUUUAAUAGAUUUAUUUCUCUGUAGAUUUGAAAAAAUCCCACCUGUCUUUAUGUAAUUUCAUAAAAAAAAUAAAAUAGAUUAUAAAAAAAAAUUAAUAAGAAUCAAUAUUAUUUCCAGGUCUUGCGAAAUGCAUUUAAGGAACUUGUUAAAGAGAAAGAAAAGUAUUCAGAUCUCUAACUAAAUAAUAUUGUGUGGGACUUGAACCCAGUCUUUACAGGCACUGAUGUACCCUUACAGUAAGCUUAUUAAAUAUAACUGCACCGAAGAAAUCUAUUCAUUUUAAUAUCUACGUAAUGAAUUUUUUUUACUAGUCCCUUCCAAUAUACAGCUUGAUAAUAAAUAUUAAUUAAAAUAUCUAUACCUGUUCUUAUCAGACAUUUGUGUAUAUUUGGAUGCACAAGAAAGAUGGCUACAGAGGAGUGGCAUAGUGUAGGGGAUUGCAAUAAUUAAAAAAAAUGAAAUGAUAUUUAUAAAAACAAUUAGCCAAUGAAAACUUAAGUCUCAUUAACUAUCAAAUAUAAUUUAAAAAGAAGUUAUACUUGCAUUAUUUCUGGGGAUAUUUGACACAGAAUGUUUGAUUCAUUUGAUGAAAUUCUGUUGUUCAGUGUUACUCUCAAUGAGCCAAGGAUCAGUUUUUAAAUGUGAUGGUAUCCUUAGAUAAAAACUGGACUUUAUAUAGAUAUGUUUGGCCAAUGGCUAGAGACCAUCCCGUGACAUCAUUUGCGUGUUUAUUAUAGUUGCAGUGAAUUGCGGUUUAGGUUAGGCAUAGUAUAGGGAUCGAUUUAGGGUUACAUUAGUGACAGAAUUAACUAUUUGUGUCAACCAAGAUGGCGGCCAUCUCGGACAUUCUCUAGCCAUUUACCAUAUGUUUAAACUAAGUUUCAUUAUAUCUUAAUAGAAAUGUUAUAAUCUAUUGCAUAUUUUUUUUCAUAAAAGCCUAGUUAUAAUAAUAAACUGAUCCCCUAGGAGGCUUAACUCUUUAAGAUUAUUCUUGACAAAAAUGUAUAAUACACAACAAUUCCAUCCAAAAUACAUAAUUUGAAUUUUACCAAUUGUGCAUUUUCUCAAUUGUCCAAAGGUAAUGCAAAUUUGAACAUUAUUCUGUGUCACUUGCAAUUACUAUUCCAUGAUUUUUGUGUGCUUUAUUACAAGCAAUCUGUUAUACACUAAAUGACAUUUAUUACUGUAUGUCCAACGCCCAUUUACUCAAUAUCUCUUGUUGAAUAACC